CCGCUGGCGCGCGAGUUACGAUUGUCGGUCGGAGGUUAAGUUCUUUCAUGGUGCACGAGACGUUGUGUCGCUAAUGCGCGGACGACUGUGCGAAUUCGCGCGUAAAGAACGUCUUGGAUCGGUACCGAGGCUGUCGGGUCACCAGAAAAACAAGAGAGACGAUCAUCGCUGGCGGCGUGACAGCGCUGCCGAUUCGCGCGGAGUUGUCGAACGAGAGGAAGGAGGUUAGACUAUGGCGAAGUACCUGAUACAAAUCAUCGUAAUGGGCUCGCAGGUCGUCGGCAGGGCGUUCGCGCGUGCGUUGCGCCAGGAAAUUGCGGCGAGCCAGGAAGCGGCGCGACGGGCGGGCGGCGGUAAACAAGGCGCGCAACACGCCGCUGCCAAUACCCGGACCGGAAUCUCGUUGGACGAGGCGCUGCGUAUCCUGAACGUGGAUCGUUCUGAUCAGACGGAUCUAAUCGAGAAAAAUUACAAGCAUCUCUUGGAGGUCAAUGACAGAUCGAAGGGCGGUUCGUUCUACCUGCAAUCCAAGAUUGUCCGUGCCAAGGAGCGCAUUGAUGAAGAACUGAAAAACCUCAAAGCGUCAGCACCACCACCAGGAUCGCGGACAAGUAGUCAAGAAGGUUCCAAACAGCCAUAACGACUUGCUACUAAUCUAAAUUAUUUACAUUUCUAGAAACUCUGUACAUAAUAAUAAAUAGAGAGUAAAAUGUCCUUCUGGUAUGUUGAUCAGAA